GGAAAAGAGAAAGCGUACCACUCUGUUUUCCUCUGCUUAUUUUCAUCGUCCCUUUUCCUCUCUUCUUUCUCCGAUCUUCGAAUCGAUGGAGGUCGUCAACUGCGCGCACGCAAACGGUGCCGGAAUCGCCGUUAACGGGCACGGGGAUGGCCUCUGCAUCAAGAGCGGCGGCGACCCCCUGAACUGGGGCGCGGCCGCAGACGCGCUUUCGGGGAGCCACCUCGACGAGGUGAAGCGGAUGGUGGAGGAGUUCCGGCGGCCGCUAGUGAGGCUGGAGGGCGCGACGCUGAAGGUCGCGCAGGUGGCGGCGGUGGCGGCCGUGGCGAGGGAGGUGCGGGUGGAGCUGUCGGAGGCGGCGCGCGAAGGGGUGCGCGCCAGCAACCAGUGGGUGCUGGACAGCAUGGCCAAGGGAACUGACAGCUACGGCGUCACCACCGGAUUCGGCGCCACCUCUCACCGGAGAACCAAGGAGGGCGGCGCCCUGCAGAAGGAGCUCAUCAGAUUCCUCAACGCCGGAAUAUUCGGGUCCGAGAAGGAUUCCGGGCACACGCUGCCGUCGCCGGCUGCACGGGCGGCCAUGCUAGUCCGCAUUAACACCCUCCUCCAGGGCUACUCCGGCAUCCGCUUCGAGAUCCUGGAGGCCAUGGCUAGCCUCCUCAACUCCGGAGUCACCCCCUGCCUCCCCCUGCGCGGCACCAUCACCGCUUCCGGCGACCUCGUCCCCCUGUCCUACAUUGCCGGCCUUCUCACCGGGAGGCCCAACGCCAAGGCAAUCGCCCCCGGCGGCGAGCCCGUCGACGCGGCGGAGGCCUUCCGCCGCGCCGGCAUCCCGCACGGUUUUUUCGAGCUGCAGCCGAAGGAAGGGCUUGCGCUUGUGAACGGCACAGCAGUCGGCUCCGGCCUCGCUUCCCUCGUCCUCUACGACGCCAAUAUCCUCGCCCUCCUCGCCGAGGUCCUCUCCGCCGUCUUCGCCGAGGUGAUGCAGGGCAAGCCGGAGUUCACCGACCACCUCACCCACAAGCUCAAGCACCACCCGGGGCAGAUCGAGGCGGCUGCCAUCAUGGAGCACGUCCUCGACGGAAGCGCCUACAUCAAGCACGCCCAGAAGCUCCACGAGCAGGAUCAGCUGCAGAAGCCGAAGCAGGAUCGCUACGCGCUUCGAACUUCGCCGCAAUGGCUUGGCCCUCAAAUCGAAGUCCUCCGCUUCGCCACCAAAUCCAUCGAGCGCGAGAUCAACUCCGUGAACGAUAAUCCCCUCAUCGACGUUGCCCGGAACAAGGCCCUCCACGGCGGCAACUUUCAGGGCACGCCCAUCGGCGUCUCCAUGGACAACACUCGCCUCGCAAUCGCCGCAAUUGGCAAGCUCAUGUUCGCCCAAUUCUCCGAACUCGUCAACGACUUUUACAACAACGGAUUGCCCUCUAAUCUCUCCGGGGGGCGGAACCCUAGCCUUGACUAUGGCUUCAAGGGGGCGGAAAUUGCGAUGGCCGCCUAUUGCUCCGAGCUCCAAUUUCUGGGCAAUCCGGUGACCAACCACGUCCAGAGUGCGGAGCAGCAUAACCAGGACGUGAACUCGUUGGGGCUGAUCUCCGCCAGGAAAACGGCUGAGGCCGUCGACAUCCUCAAGCUCAUGUCGGCGACCUACUUGGUGGCCCUCUGCCAGGCCAUCGACCUGCGACACCUGGAGGAGAACCUAAAGCACGCGGUGAAGGCGGCGGUGAGUCUCGUCGGCAAGCGCGUGCUCACCACCGGCGCCAACGGAGAGCUCCACCCCGCGCGUUUCUGCGAGAAGAACCUCCUCACCGUGGUCGACCGGGAGUACGUGCUGAGCUACGCCGACGACCCCUGCAGCUCCACCUACGAGCUGAUGCCCAAGCUGCGGAUGGUGCUGGUGGAGCACGCCCUCGGCCACGGCGCCAAGGAGAAGGACGCCGCCGGUGCCGCGUCCAUCUUCCACAAGAUCGCGGCUUUCGAGGAGGAACUCAAGGCGGUGGUGCCGAAGGAGGUGGAAGCGGCGCGUGCCGCCGUGGAGAGCGGCAGCGCGGCCAUCGGCAUCCGUAUCAAGGAGUGUAGAUCGUACCCGCUGUAUCGGUUGGUGAGGGAGCAGCUGGGGGCGGCUUACCUGACCGGCGAGAAAGUGCGGUCGCCGGGGGAGGAGUUCGAGAAGGUGUUCGCGGCGAUCAACGCCGGGCUGAUCAUCGAUCCUCUGCUCGAAUGCUUAAAGGAAUGGAAUGGCGUGCCAAUUCCCAUCUGCUAAAUAAAAACAAAAAAGAGAGAUUUUAAUUCAAUCAAAAAGUGUGGAAUUGUGUUCAAUAAAAUCAGAAGCAUGUUAUUUCUUGUAGUUUGUUUGCUUUUUAAUCGAAAAUAUGUUUAACAUGGCGUAUAAUGGAUUACCCAGGGAUAA